GGACUGGACGGGCGCUGCAGCGCUGCAGCUCUGCCUCCAGCUCUCGCUUGGCUCGGCUCGGCUCGGCUCGGCUCGGCUCGACCAUGCAGGCCACGCUGCUCAGCGUCCUGGGGCUAGCCCUGCUCGGGGCACUGCAUGCCCAGGACAGCAUUCCCAUCCAAGCCGACUUCCAGCAGGACAAGCUCACAGGGAGAUGGUACAGCAUUGGCCUGGCCUCCAACUCUAACUGGUUCAAGGAGAAGAGGCACCUAAUGAAGAUGUGCACCACCAUCAUCUCCACCACUGCAGAUGGAAACCUGGAAGUCACCUCCACCUACCCCAAGGGUGACCAGUGCGUGACGAGGAACAGCCUUUACACCAAGAUGGAGCAGCCAGGGCGGUUCAGCUACACCAGCCCCCGCUGGGGCAGCAAGCAUGACAUCCGUGUGGUGGAGACCAACUAUGAGGAGUACGCCUUGGUGGCCACCCAGAUCUCCAAGAGCACAGGCCCCUCCACCAUGGUGCUGCUCUACAGUCGGACCAAGGAGCUGAGUCCUGAGCGCCUGGAGAGGUUCACCCAGUUCUCCAGGGAGCAGGGCCUGACAGACGAUGAGAUCCUCAUCCUGCCCCAGACAGACAAAUGCAUGGCAGAUGCUGCCUAGGUGAUCACCCCAGCUGCUGCCAGCCAGAGCCCUGACAGUGCCGUGAGCUGGUGACCACCCUGUCCCAUCCCAGCCCCAGUGCACUCCCCAGCACUGCAGCAGCCUUCGCUCCCUGGCUUCACACCCCACACCUGUACCCCUGUCCCGAUUAAAGCCCACAUAAACCCAA